AUGAGAAUUAUAUUGAAGAGAAAGUCUAGAAAUAAAAUUACGUUUACAUACCUCAACUCUACAAAAGGGACAUUAAAGGUAGGACAGGAACGAAGGCUUCUAGAAUUAACAUGCAAACCAAACAGAUGUACAAGAUCACAACUAAAGAACAAAUUAUUCCAGGCAAUUGACAGAAAAGACUGGCAAGCAGUAAGAAGGAUCUGUGAAACUGAGGAACAUCUCAUAAACACGUAUGAUGAUGAUGCUUUGCAUGGACGCACACCACUACAUCACUGUCUAAGUCAUCCGGGUAUGAAUUAUGAUAAACAUCGAGAAACAGCCAUGUGUCUGAUGAUGCAUGGCGCCUCAAUGUCGAUACAAAAUAAGCUAGGAAUGACGCCGCUUGAUAAUUAUAAUGAUAACGAAUGUAGCGAAUACGGAACCAAGAGAAUUAAAAAGAAGCAAUCACUUAGAAAGUUACUUAUAGAACUGUCGGUACCCGGUGAAAUCAAAGCUAGGGGCGAAGCUGCAGUGAAAGCCUUCAAAUAUGAAAUGCAAAAUGGUAAAAUGACAGUAAUUAAUGCAAGAUUCAUGUUUAUGGGGAAGGAAGGAGCUGGGAAGACCUCCUGUGUAAAUCACAUCCUUGGAAAAGCAUUUAAUGAGGAUGAAGAAUCAACUGACGGUAUAGUAACAACAACCGUAUUUCAAACUUUUUGUGAAGACUGCAGCGUGUGGAAGAAGACCGAUGUGGAUGUGGCUGAGCUAACAAAUCAGAUAAAAGAGGGCGCCAUAGCAGAAAAUAUUGCAAAGAAGUUGAAACAGCCAGAAAGCCAACGAAGUACACCACCCACUUCAUCAUCUUUGGUAAAAGUGGAGGAAGCAACCAGUGUAAUGACAUUGAGUAAAAGAGGAAAUUCUCAGAAUCCUCAGGGGGCUGGAGGUUUAUCAACGAAUCAAUCCAUGGGAAGCUAUGAUACAGUUGAAAAGAAACUACAAAACAGACUUCAUGAACUGUUGGUUAAUAGACUUGCUAAUGAGGGACCUAGCAACGUCGGUGGUCCAAGCGAAGUAACUUCCAUAUGGGACUACGCUGGGCAGUUAAAGUACUAUAUAACCCAUCGGAUUUACCUGACAGGUGGAGCGUCAUACGGCGUAGUCUUCAGUCUACUAGAUGAGUUGAAUGAUUUUGUGAAAUCAAGAGAUGUACAUAAAGGGAAAUUUUCAAUGACUAAUUUAGAGAUGAUUCUCUUCUGGAUGCGUUCAAUAUUUGAACAUGCUGUUCUACCGAAUGUUGAAAAGAAGACAAUUUUUUUCAACGAUACGAAAAUAUCCUCUCCCCCAAUCAGUUUGAUUGCAACUCACAAGGACCAGUUGUCGAAGAGUGAGGCAGAAACACGUAUUAAAACAAUGUACCAAACAAUAUUUGAUGCCAUCAAAGAUACAGCGUACGAAACACACGUUGACCGGACGAUAUACGCAGUUGAUAACACUGCAAAGAUGGAUGAAGGGAUUGAGAAAUUGAAGAAGAACGUCAUGGAUUACAUGAAGGCAAUGGCAAGAACUGUGCCCACUAACUGGGUUGAUUUCCAGUCCAAAGUCCAAGAACUUGCAAAAACAAAACUGCGGGUGUCUUUGGAGGAGAUAACCUCUGUUGCCGCUGAGUGUGGAAUUGCAAAAGACACGAUCAUCACUGUCCUCGAUUAUCUAAAUGACACUGGAAUAAUUCUGUACUCUAAGACUAACGAGAAAUUAAAAAACACGGUGAUAACAAACUUACAUAUGAUGAUCGACUUCUUGACCAAAAUCAUCACAGUGGUAAAACCAGACGAUAUUGACAAGUGGCCUAAAAUGAUGCCAAUGUGGAAUAAGCUUGAUGAGGAGGGCAUUCUAGAAGAAGAAUUGCUACGACAUUUGUGGAGACAUGAAAUCGAGAAAGAUGCCAGCAACUUCGAUGUAUUUCUAGAGCUGAUGAUGAUGUUCAGAUUGCUUUUUGAGCUACGAAAAGAUCACCGCACUGAAAACCAAGGACCAAGAAAAAUCGAGGAAAAGGGAGAUCAACAAUUUACUCGAAGGUUUAUUGUCCCCUCUCGCAUGCAAGUCAAUAAAGAGAGUUUGGAAGUUAAGAAAGACGAGAAACAGACGGUUUCUGUUUAUGUAACCCCUACGGACUUCCUCCCUGACGCUGUCUACAAUAUAUUAGUCGUUGCAUUUUUAGACUUGAUGAAGGUCAAAGGUAAAAGUAGCGAAGCAGAAUUGUAUCAAAAUUGCAGUGAUUUUGAUUUAGAUGACGAUCACUUGCUUGAAAUAUCGCAUUUAAUUGACCAAGAUGGAAAUGUAGUAGCAGAGCCUCAUCCAAGUUUCUGCAUUGAGAUAUUAGACUACCUCAGAGAUCAACUGAAAACAGUGUAUGGCACAACAGAAGGGAUUGGCUACAAGUUGCGCGUCCUCUGCAGUGUGUGUCAACCAACACAGAAACCUCAUUUACAUGAUCUGGAGGAUUGCUUGAAGAAGAAGGUUCGAUGUGGAAGAAAGGCAAUGAACACGUCUCGCCUCAAAAGACUAUUUUCAGCAGGAGGUGCAAGUUCAUUGUUGGAGGAUCCUGAAACAUCACUAAAACAGUCUUCUGAAAGUAAUGAUGCCUCAUCCAAAAACCUGCAGCCAGUGCCCCCGAAAAAAGGUUACUCAGACAGAUUAAUCAGUGAGUAUGAAUUAAACGAAUUUUCUGGAAAGUUGGGAGCUGAAUGGAAAAGCUUCGUACGUAGUCUUGGACUGAAAGAGAAUGAGAUCUUCCAUGCAUGCCCUGUGUAUUCCCCAGAAAGAGAAAAGAUAUUCUGCUGUCUACGCAAGUGGAGAGAUCGAGAAGCCGGCAAUGCGACAGUCAAAGCGCUUGUUAAAAAAUGCAUUGAACAUAAAAUUGACGUAGAUGUUUAUGAGUUUCUCUUAGAAUGA